AUGGGGAUGGAGAACACGGAGGAGAAAUCCCACUGGCAGAACCUUGCGGAAGAGGCUGUUUUGAAGGGCUCCAUGGAGCAGGUCAACGGGGAGGAAAAGCCAAGAAGAUGCUCCACGGGGCAGGACAUCAACAAAGAGGAAAAGCCAAGAAGAUGCUCCACGGGGCAGGAGGUCAACAAAGAGGAAAAGCCAAGAAGAUGCUCCACGGGGAGAGGUUGCAAACCCACCCCACGAAGCUCGGAGGAGGAAAGACCAACCAUCUGCGAGGAAUGUGGUCGGAGCUUCAGCCGUAGCUCGAACCUGGCGGUGCACCAGCGGUUGCACGCCGGCGAGAAGCCCUACAAGUGCUUGGAGUGCGGGAAGAGCUUCAGCCGUAGCUCCCAUCUCAUCACCCAUCAACGUCUGCACACCGGGGAAAAGCCCUACAAGUGUCCCGAUUGCGGGAAGAGCUUCAGCGACAGCUCCACGCUCAUCACCCAUCAACGCUUGCACACCGGCGAGAAGCCCUACAAAUGCCCCGAUUGCGGGAAGGGCUUCAACCAGAGCUCCAACCUCACGUCCCACCAACGCACCCACACCGGGGAAAGACCCUACAAGUGUCCCGAGUGCGGGAAGAGCUUCAGCGUCAGCUCCUACUUGAUCCGCCACCAGAAGAUCCACACCGGGGAGAGACCCUAUAAGUGCGAGGAGUGCGAGAAGACGUUCAGCCAGAGCUCCAGCCUCAUCAUCCACCAGCGUGUCCACACCGGGGAGAAGCCCUACAGGUGCGUUGACUGCGGGAAGUGGUUUAGGAACAGCUCGGACCUCAUCAGGCAUCAGCGGACACAUACGGGUGAGAGACCUUACCGCUGCCCCGACUGUGGGAAGAGCUUCAACCGCAGCUCCAACUUGAUGACCCACCAACGCAUCCAUACCGGGGAGAAGCCCUACGAGUGUCCUGAGUGCGGUAGGAGCUUCACCGUGAGUUCUGCCUUGAUUAAACACCAAAGGACUCACCGGGAAGGGAAGCCCUAUGAGUGCCCCGACUGCGGGAAGAGCUUUAUCCGCUGUUCGAACUUCAUUACCCAUCGGAGGACCCACGUUGGGUAA